AGAGGAUGGAGCGAGUGAAGUAAAGAAAAAAAAAAAGAAUCCCUGCUGUUUUAUUUCUCACGGCCACUUUUUUUUUUUUUUUCCUGGGCGCUUGUGUUGGAAGCCGGAGCGAGGUUUGGAUGCAGGGGAGUAUCUGACAGCAGCUGUGUGUCUCUGUGAUCAGAUUUCACCAGCUGAGCUGAGAGCAGCAGCAGCUCUGAGGCUCCGCUCUCUAUCGCCUCCUUUGCUCAUUUUUUCCCCAUGUUGGCGGAGCGUCUCUAAAACGCUCAAACGAAGAGAAGAACCACAGCAAAUACCGGGAUUUAUUCCCCAGCAUCUUUCUCUCCUCCUCUUCUUUUUACUUUAUAUAUUUUUUUGCAGGAAAUAAUUAGCCUGGGAGCUUCCGAUUUAAAUUAAUCCCAAUAAAUAAAGGGUGGCCGAAGACAUGGACGAGCAGCCCAGGUUGAUGCACUCUCACACGGGGGUAGGCAUGGCGGGGCACCCCGGUCUGCCGCAGCAUUUGCAGGAAGGCACCGGAGGAGCUGACGGCGACGGGAGGAAGCAGGACAUUGGAGACAUUUUACAGCAAAUCAUGACCAUCACGGACCAAAGUCUGGACGAAGCCCAGGCCAGGAAACACGCUCUCAACUGUCACCGAAUGAAGCCGGCCCUUUUCAACGUCCUGUGUGAAAUCAAAGAGAAGACAGUGCUCAGCAUCCGCGGCGCCCAGGAGGAGGAGCCUCCAGACCCACAGCUCAUGCGCCUGGACAACAUGCUGCUGGCGGAGGGCGUGUCCGGCCCGGAGAAAGGCGGGGGCUCGGCAGCGGCGGCGGCUGCGGCGGCCGCCUCAGGAGGGGUGGGGGCCGACAACUCAGCGGAGCACUCGGACUACAGGGCCAAGCUGUCCCAGAUCCGACAGAUCUACCACACAGAGCUGGAGAAGUAUGAGCAGGCCUGUAACGAGUUCACCACCCACGUGAUGAACCUGUUGCGGGAGCAGUCGCGCACGCGGCCCAUUUCGCCCAAAGAGAUCGAGCGCAUGGUGAGCAUCAUCCACCGCAAGUUCAGCUCCAUCCAGAUGCAGCUGAAACAGAGCACCUGCGAGGCCGUCAUGAUCCUGCGCUCCCGCUUCCUGGACGCCAGGCGGAAAAGACGAAACUUCAACAAGCAGGCGACAGAGAUCCUGAACGAGUAUUUCUACUCUCACCUCAGUAACCCGUACCCCAGCGAGGAGGCCAAAGAGGAGCUGGCCAAGAAGUGUGCCAUCACAGUGGCCCAGGUUUCCAACUGGUUUGGGAAUAAAAGAAUCAGAUACAAGAAAAACAUUGGUAAGUUCCAAGAAGAAGCCAACAUGUAUGCCGCCAGAACUGCCGUGAAUGCGGCUAAUGCAUCCUCACAUGGAAGCCAAGCAAAUUCACCCUCCACUCCAAACUCUGCAGGUUCUGCUGGCUCUUUUAACAUGUCAAACUCCGGGGACUUGUUCAUGAGCGUGCAGUCUCUCAAUGGGGACUCGUACCAGGGGGCUCAGGUGGGAGCCAACGUGCAGUCGCAGGUGGAUACCCUUCGCCAUGUUAUCAGUCAGACAGGCGGAUACAGUGAAGGACUCACAGCCAACCAGAUGUACAGUCCGCAGGGCAUCAAUGUAAGCACUCCUUUCCCCCCUUCUCUCUCUCCAUACCAAUUAUUUUGAAGCCAUGGGGCUCAG